AUGCAAUUCUCAGCCGUCGUCGCCGUCCUCUUCGCCACCUCCGCUCUCGGCGCCCCUACCCCUCCAACCGGCCGCCCCGCCGUCUUCACCGCAACGAGCUACAACAACAUCAGCAUCUCCGGUGGCGUGGCCGGCCAGGCGCAAGCCGAAGCACAAGCCAGACUAGCCGCUGUCAACAUAACCGAUGCCGCAUCCGUGAACCCAGCCGACCUCGACUUCCUCACCUCCGUGAAUGACAUUUGCAACCAAGCCGAACUCGGAGCCUUCAACCCAGCCAUCAUGGCCGCUGCCCCGAACAGCCCCCAGCAGGCCGCCCUGCAAGCCGGCAAGACCAAGAACAAGGUGCUGAAGCUCACCGCCACCAUCAUGACGCUCAACAUCCAGGCCGCGCAGGGCCAGAACGUGACGCAGCGGCUGGCAGACGAGACGGCGAAGCUCAACCUCAACGUCGCGGCCGACAAGGCCGUGGCCGGGAGCGACAGCAUGGCGGUGCAGUUCGAGGCCUUGGCGAGCGCGGACUCGGGCCGGGCGAAGGGUCUCAGGGCGGCGCAGUUGAGUGCUGCUGCUUGCGGACCGACGGCCAGUGAAGACUAA